CACACACUCCUUCUCGCUCUGAAUCUCUUUCCUGGCGUUUUGAAGGAGGGAUUCUCCCAGAUUCCCACGGUCCAGCCGUGGGCUGGAAGCGUCUCCUUUAAGAAUUGCCCUUCCCUGGGUCUAUUAAGGAGAGAGGGCCGGGUGUGAGCCUGAGAACCCGCCCCCGGCUAGUGAUUGGCCCGUGGCAGGCAGGGGCGGGCCUGCGAGAGGGGGAGCCUCCCUCCCACCCCAGCUCCAUACCCUCCGCCCCCCCAGUCUGGGGCUCCGGGUAAAGUUUCAGCCUCCGCACGUGACUCGCCAUGGCCGCUGCCGUCGCCCCGCGCCCCUGAGCCGCGGCCCCCCGGACGGCUCCUCUCCUAGGACCUCACACCCCUGACUCCCGGCAGCGCCGAGGCGCCGACUUGGGGCAGACGCAGUGCUCACAGACACCCAGACGGGUUGCAUCCCCUCGCUUCGAGUUAACAGAAGACACAGGCUGGGACAGUCGACAGAGGACACAGUGCUCUUCCACAGUGGCCUUGGCAAGAACACCCCCAUUCUCAUCCUGGUCCCCAGGCAAAUGCUGGUUAUAUAUGCAUCCUCCAGUCUCCAGGUUUAGGCCUGGAGCCUGGAGCUUGGAACCUGCACCGCGGGACAUGCCACCCCCCAGCCGCCUAGCUGGGGCCCUUCUGGGAGUGGCAUCCUUUUUGACACCCUGAAGACCAGCUCUGGACCUUCCUACAGAAGUGUCUGCUCACAGAACUGCUUAACCAAAGGACCGACUCUUGGGACAUUCCUCAGUCCACCUGGCCCGUGGCUAGGGAGGGGGCUCCAGAAGGCUGAAAUUAACUCACUCACUUUGGACUGCAACUCCAGGGACAGAACGGGGUGGGGGUGGGCUGACCACCCGAACCCCCUCUGGGCCCAGGCCCCAUGCCCGGAGGAGGAGAGACCGCGUGAAGCAUAUCACAGCUGCCUGCCAAACUGUUCGCCUGCCGUUCUGACUGUGACCGCUUGGCAUGGCCAGCAAUAGCAGUUCCUGCCCAACACCUGGGGGCGGGCACCUCAAUGGGUACCCGGUGCCCCCCUACGCCUUCUUCUUCCCCCCUAUGUUGGGUGGACUCUCCCCUCCAGGCGCCCUCAGCAGUCUCCAGCACCAACUUCCAGUUAGUGGAUACAGCACACCGUCCCCAGCCACCAUCGAGACCCAGAGCAGCAGUUCGGAAGAGAUAGUGCCCAGCCCCCCCUCGCCACCACCUCUGCCCCGCAUCUACAAGCCGUGCUUCGUCUGUCAGGACAAGUCAUCGGGCUACCACUAUGGGGUCAGCGCCUGUGAGGGCUGCAAGGGUUUCUUCCGACGCAGCAUCCAAAAGAACAUGGUGUAUACGUGUCACCGGGACAAGAAUUGCAUCAUCAACAAGGUGACCCGGAACCGCUGCCAGUACUGUCGACUGCAGAAAUGCUUCGAAGUGGGCAUGUCCAAGGAGUCGGUGCGAAACGAUCGAAACAAAAAGAAGAAAGAGGCGCCGAAGGCCGAGUGCUCAGAGAGCUACACGCUGACCCCGGAGGUGGGGGAGCUCAUUGAGAAGGUGCGCAAGGCUCACCAGGAGACCUUCCCGGCGCUCUGCCAGCUGGGCAAGUACACUACGAACAACAGCUCAGAACAGCGCGUCUCCCUGGACAUUGACCUCUGGGACAAGUUCAGUGAACUCUCCACCAAGUGCAUCAUUAAGACGGUGGAGUUCGCCAAGCAACUUCCCGGCUUCACCACCCUCACCAUUGCUGACCAGAUCACCCUCCUCAAGGCAGCGUGCCUGGAUAUCCUGAUUCUGCGAAUCUGCACGCGGUAUACGCCUGAACAAGACACAAUGACCUUCUCAGACGGGCUGACCCUGAACCGGACGCAGAUGCACAACGCUGGCUUUGGCCCUCUCACCGACUUGGUUUUUGCCUUCGCCAACCAGCUGCUGCCCCUGGAGAUGGACGAUGCAGAGACUGGAUUGCUCAGUGCCAUCUGCCUCAUCUGUGGAGACCGGCAGGACCUGGAACAGCCAGACAAGGUGGACAUGCUGCAGGAGCCGCUGCUGGAGGCACUGAAAGUCUACGUCCGGAAACGGAGGCCCAGCCGUCCCCACAUGUUCCCCAAGAUGCUGAUGAAGAUCACGGAUCUUCGGAGCAUCAGCGCCAAGGGAGCGGAGCGAGUGAUCACCCUGAAGAUGGAGAUCCCAGGCUCCAUGCCACCUCUUAUCCAGGAAAUGCUGGAGAACUCUGAGGGCUUGGACACUCUAAGCGGACAGUCGGGGGGCGGAACCCGAGAUGGGGGUGGCCUGGCCCCCCCUCCGGGUAGCUGUAGCCCCAGCCUCAGCCCCAGCUCCCACAGAAGCAGCCCUGCCACCCAGUCCCCAUGACCUCCAACAUGGACGACCCUCAACCCUGCCCUGGCUUUCUCUGCCUUCCUACUGGCCACAUGACCCAUCAGCCCUGCCCCACCUCUUCCUCCCAGACAGAACUGGGAACCUUCUGCGGGGACAGGAGGGAGGAGGCAGUGACUCUGUGGACAGAGGCCUGGACCCAAGAUGGACUGCCCUCUUCCGGCAGCCUGGGCUGGCAUCAGGGGUCAGGCGUAGAGCCAUGUGAGGACCUGGGCCUGAGCCUCAACGCACCUUGCCACGUCUUCAUCACCAGCAAACGCCGGGACCUGGCUGCCUGUCCUCCGAACUCAAGCCAUCGCUCCCCCGUUGGGGAACUUCCCCCUGCUUCAGAUGGUGACAGAGGGGGGUGUCCAGGGUGGGGGAGACCCCCUGUACAUAUCCUGCGUACCAACCCCCCAGAUAUUAAUUCUCGCUGGUUUCGUUUUUAUUUUAAUUUUUUUUUGUUUUGAUUUUUUUAAUAAGAAUUUCCAUUUUAAGCACA